AUGGAAGAUACAACUAAUGUUUUAUACCAACCUGAGAAUGUACAAGACUUAGAUGGGUUUGCCUCGGAAGGAAACAGCUUUAAUGAUUCUGAAGAUGAAGCACAACUACAUUUGAAUUUGAAUAGUAAAGUCGAAUUGAGAGAAAAUGCCGACGACUUUGGCUCCAAUGGCCAUAGUGGACAUGCACACAAUGAGAUACAGGUUAGUUCUGCUGAACAUGCUUGUGGUUACUGUGGGAUUGAUUCUCCAACCUCUGUGGUUAAAUGUAACACCUGUAAGAAAUGGUUUUGUAAUUCAAAGAAUGGAUCGUUAUCUGGGUCUCAUAUUGUUAACCAUCUAGUUCUAUCGCAUCAUAAUGUAGUAUCAUUACAUCCGGAUUCGGAUUUGGGUGAUACUGUUUUAGAAUGUUACAACUGCGGUUGUAAGAAUGCAUUUUUAUUAGGUUUCGUUUCAGCCAAAAGUGAAGCUGUAGUGGUUCUUUUAUGCCGUAUUCCAUGCGCACAGACUAAAAAUGUCAAUUGGGAUACUGACCAAUGGCAGCCAAUUAUUGAGAAUAGACAAUUUUUAUCUUGGGUAGCAGAAGAACCAACUGAAGAAGAAAAGUUAACGUCAAGAUUGAUCACGCCUUCUCAAAUAUCGAAGUUGGAGGCUAAAUGGAGAUCUAAUAAAGACGCCACUAUCAACGAUAUUGAUAUCCCAGAAAGUCAAGAAGAAAUUGUAUCUGUUCUAUUGAGAUACCAAGAUGCAUACGAGUAUCAACGUUCAUACGGUCCACUAAUUAAGCUUGAAGCAGAUUACGAUAAACAACUGAAAGAAUCUCAAGCUCUAGAACAUAUAUCGAUCGAAUGGUCAAUAGCACUUAACAAUAGGCAUAUGGCCUCAUUUGCUCUAUCGACAUUUGAAUCGAACGAAUUAAAAGUUGCAGUUGGUGAUGAAAUGAUUCUAAGAUAUUCUGGGAUGCAGCAUCCAGAGUGGGAAGGUAGAGGUUAUAUUGUUCAUUUACCAAAUAGUUUCAAGGACGAAUUUUCACUGGAAUUAAAACCAAGUAAAACCCCACCUCCAAUUCAUCUAGGGACUGGGUUUACUGCGGAAUUUAUUUGGAAGGGUACAUCUUAUGAUAGAAUGCAAGAUGCAUUGAAAACGUUUGCUGUGGACAAGAAAUCUAUUUCUGGAUAUUUAUAUUAUAAAAUUUUAGGGCAUGAAGUUCUGGACAUCGCUUUUGAUGUUCCGAUUCCAAAAGAAUUAUCCAUUCCACAUUUUGCUCAAUUAAACGCAUCGCAAGCGAGUGCAGUUGCAAAUGUGCUACAGAAACCAUUGUCAUUGAUCCAAGGUCCACCUGGUACUGGUAAAACAGUCACAUCUGCUACCAUAGUUUAUCACUUAUCGAAGUCACACAAAGACCGUAUUUUAGUAUGUGCACCAUCAAAUGUUGCAGUUGAUCACUUGGCAACAAAAUUACGUGAUUUAGGUUUGAAAGUAGUAAGAUUAACUGCAAAGAGUAGAGAAGAUGUAGAAAGCUCUGUUUCAAAUUUAGCCUUGCACAACUUAGUUGCUAGAGCAGCAAAGGGUGAAUUAAGAAAAUUAUUGAAAUUAAAGGAAGAGGUAGGAGAACUAUCUGCUAGUGAUACCAAAAAAUUCGUAAAACUACUUAGAAAAACAGAAUCAGAAAUAAUGAAGAAGGCUGACGUUGUAUGUUGUACGUGUGUUGGUGCAGGUGACAAGAGAUUAGAUACCAAAUUUAGAACUGUCCUGAUUGAUGAAAGUACACAAGCUUCUGAACCAGAAUGUUUAAUUCCAAUCAUAAAGGGUGCAAAGCAGGUCAUUCUAGUCGGUGACCACCAACAAUUAGGCCCUGUUAUUUUAGAAAGAAAAGCUGGUGAUGCAGGUUUGAAGCAAUCAUUAUUUGAAAGGUUGAUUUCCUUAGGCCAUAUUCCAAUUCGUUUGGAAGUUCAAUAUCGUAUGAACCCUUACUUGAGUGAAUUCCCAAGUAAUAUGUUUUAUGAAGGUAGUUUACAAAAUGGUGUAACAAUUGAACAAAGAACAGUAUCUGCAAGUUCAUUUCCAUGGCCAAUUCAUGAAAUUCCUAUGAUGUUUUGGGCAAAUUUUGGAAGGGAAGAAAUUUCUGCAAAUGGUACAUCGUAUUUAAAUAGAAUUGAAGCUAUGAAUUGUGAACGUAUUAUUACGAAAUUAUUCAAAGAUGGUGUAAAACCUGAACAAAUCGGUGUUAUUACUCCGUACGAAGGCCAAAGAGCUUAUAUAUUACAAUACAUGCAAAUGAAUGGUUCUUUAGACAAGGAAUUGUAUAUUAAUGUUGAGGUAGCUUCCGUGGAUGCUUUCCAAGGUCGUGAAAAGGAUUAUAUCAUCCUAUCUUGUGUUCGUGCAAAUGAACAACAAGCGAUUGGUUUUUUGAGUGACCCACGUCGUUUAAAUGUUGGUUUGACUCGUGCAAAAUAUGGUUUAGUUAUUUUAGGUAAUCCAAGAUCGCUAUCCAGAAAUUCAUUAUGGAAUCACCUUUUGAUUCACUUUAGAGAAAAAGGUUGUUUAGUUGAAGGUUCCUUAGACAAUUUGCAAUUAUGUACUGUUGAAUUAACUAGAUCAUAUCAGAAAAAAAGAAACCCAAAUAAAUUUGAUUUUAAUAUGGCAGCUAACAUGGGUGAAUUCAAUUCCUUUAACGAUUUUGACACUCAAAGUUUAUUAUCUUUCGCAGGCGGCAACGCCUCUGCUGCUGCUAUGUUCAACAAUUCAUUUGGACAAACAAAUGAUUGGCCAAAUAACUUCAAUAACAAUGAAUAUGGAUCUGGUUACUACUCCCCUGUGAAUGAUAACAAGCAACAGAUGCCUCAAGGAGAAUCUUUUUCGAAAUUUGACUCAAGUUUGUCCAGAAAUUUGCAAGAGAAUAAAGGUGCUAGAUCAAGAUACGAGCCUACUGAAAUCAGUAAUCUAAAUAAUGAAAUGUCGUCGUUAGGUUUUUAG